UUGUCACUCCAGCUCCUUUCACACACACAAGGGUAUUAGUGCCGCUCAGCAGCCUAAACCUGCAGUUCUGAACACACUCACCACUCGUCGGUUUCGUUGAUCAGCGAAGACAGCUCUUCAACUCAGACACAACAGGUGACCCGUCCCCUCCCCGGUUUCCCAGCAUGGCAGACGGUCGGCAGCCAGACGAGCACUGGGCCUCGAACGGCCAGGAGAACGGCGAGAACGGCUACUCCGCCUACAGCUCUGCCUACAGGGAGAACGGAUACCACGGCGGGGCGGCCGCGCACCCCGGGACGACAGUGGAUGACUCAGCCAAUUUGCCUCCCUCCCCUCCCCCCUCUCCAUCCGCUGAGCAGAUUGGGCCCGUGGCACAAGUAUCCUUCAAACUCACAGCCCAGCCAGAAGAGAGUAUCAGUCAGGAAUCUUGUGAGUCUGCUAUGAAAGAAGAUGAGCCUCACAUGUCGCCGCUACAUGAGACACAGGUGGCUGCCGAAAGAGCAACACCUGAAGGAGAAGAAGUUGCCUCGAGUGAACCUCCCCUUCCCUCUGUGAAAGAUCUUUCCGACACUUCCUCAACUGAGCAGGCUAAUCAAGACAGAAAGGAUGCACAAGAAGAGGCUGCUGAGGACCAAAUGCUUUCGGAGGCAAAAGAAGCUUUACGAGCAGAGGACUUAUCGCAUCUUCAGGCAGGGGGCGAAGCGGAAAUUAUGUUACCGAGUGAAUCAGGAGCCCCUAUAAAUGAGAGCAAGGGACAAACGGGAGCAGUCGAGGCGAUAAAUAAGGAAGAUAAAGGCGGUGAUGUCAGGUUGCAUGAGACACCAGUGACUAACAUUCAGAACGCAGACCAGAGGCAAGAAACAGCGAAGUCAAGUCCUGAGCCUGGCACACAGUCAAAAACCACUUCGGAUAUUUUUGUAGAACACGAAUCACGAUCGAAAACCUACUUCGAGACAUUCUCCAAAAGCCAAGAAGAGGAGUCACCACAAACCCAGAGCUAUUAUGAACUCAGCACAGCAGCAGAGGCAACGCUAAGUGGAGAAAAUGAGAGCGUUGCUCAAAAGCUGGAGGAACCACAGGAGGAAAAACUUCGAACAUCUGGUAAAAUGUCUUUAGAACAAAGAAGCCUCUCGCUGAACAUUGCUGUUGGGUCUUCAGCGGGACAGACAGCAACGGCGGAGAAGUCGAGCACCUUCUCCGCGAGCUUGUGUCCAAUCAGUGGAAGCUUUGAUGAAUCUGAGGUUUAUCCUUCGACUCCAUCUGUGGAGAGCCAGACACCUCAGUUUCCUCCAGCCGUCUCCAUUACCCCAACGACUACUGCACAACCUGAAGAUACCCCCACAACGGAGGCAGAAGCACCCUCACCUUCUGAUAAGCACACACCUGAUUUUGAACGAUCAGAAAGCCUCUCUGAGAUGUUGGACUUGGCUGGAGCGCUGCCUCGUCUGUCACUUGAGAAGAGGGAGAUCGACACGAGACGGAAAUCAGUACCUGCCAAUGUAUCGGCUCUGGUGGGGAGUUCUUUGGAGAAGCUUGCAUUGGCAGAUCAAACCUCAAGAGGAGUGGCAAGAGAAAGCCAGUCGGAGGAAGCUGGCUAUUGUGUCUUCAGCGAGUACUCGGGGCCUAUGCCUUCUCCUGCUGAUGUUCCCAGUCCUGGGGACUCUCCACACCAGCGUUUCCCUUCUAUGGAGGGUGAAGUGGAGGAAGAAGUUGAGUCCACAGAAGUUGAAGGUGUUCACAAAGGACUGCAGCAACAAGGUCUCAAAGGAAUUGUGCCUGAAAGCCCUCCAAAAAUAGUGGAAAAGAAAGAUCCACCAUUAAAGUCUAGCCUGAUUCUUGAAAAAGCUGUGCCAAGUGGAAUAAAACCGGAUCGUCUUAGAAUCCCAAUGACUGGUUCAAAAGACCGACUGACUGAGUUUCGUUUGGAGACGGGCCUGCCUGGGGACCUAAAGAUCCAGGCAAUCCCUGAGGUAGACAUUGAAAAAGACCCCUCAAGAGAGGCUUCUCCCAUUCCACCAGACAACUCCUUUACUUUCAAUCCUUCAGAAACUGGAAGCAAGACUCCCCUGACUCCCCUGACUCCCUGCACCCCCAAAUCUCCAGGUGAUACACCCUCAGAAACCCAAUUCACUGGAGAGACGGAAAUAAAAGAUGUCUUAGCAGAGGUGAAAGCAGAGAACAAGUCGGAGUCGGAGAGGGCUGAAAAUAAACAGCCUGAGUUGGACCAUGAAGUGCUGAAACCUGAGAAGAAAGAAUCUGAAGAAAGAAGUGAUGAACCUUCAGCAUCGUGUUUAGGAGACAGCACAAAAGAAGAUGACGAGAAGAGUGAGCAUGGGACACCUGCAAGAUUGGAAGAAAUAGAAAGGCGAGAUACCUCAAAUGCUGCACAGGAUUUAAGCACAGAAAAACCUUUAGAUGGGAAAGACACCCAAAUCCACAUUCAGGAAGUGACUCCAGCAAAAUGCUCACCAAAGCUACAGAUAUCCUCUCCAAUCAUCAUCAUACCUCAAGCACAAGUCGAGGAAGAAGCAGAGGAAGAGGAUGACAUCGAGAUCGCCGAAGAGCCUCAAGAGGUAAUGGAAGAAGCUGAAGAGUCUCCGCCCGUCAAGACGGGUCAAGCAGAGAGUCUAGUUACGAAGGAAGAGCCAAAGAAAGAGCCGGUGAGGCUGAUGUUAGGUGAUCAGCUGUUGGAUGACGAUCCCAAGUCUGGAGCAGAUGAUUGGAGUCAUAGUGCCCAAAACAGUGAUGAUGGGGAACCAGCAACAGACAGUUCGCAUUUGUCUCCGUGCUCUGAUCAUGACCCGCCACAGCAAGCAGAGGAAGGAAGCCGGGAGGAGGAGGUGGGAGUGGAUAAAAGUGAAGAGGACUUAGAUAAGAUGGAGGAGGAGAAAGAGGAGCAUGAAGGGGUGAAGCAAGACCAAACGAGGGAGGAGGAAGGGGAAAAAGUUGGUUCUGAUGAGAAAGAGGAGGAGAAGAAACUGUUGGAAAAAGAAGAUGGGGGGAUUGAGAGGAUGGGGGAGGAGGACAGUAAGAGUGUUCAGGAGGUGGACGAGACCUCUGAUGUUCUAUGCGAGACCAGUCAGGCAGCCAACGACGAAACCACCAUGGACGCGUCGAUCCUUGAUACAGACAGUGGCUGGAUGGAGUCACAAGAUGAUGACAAAAGUAUCAUGACCGAGCAAAUCGAAGCCCUUCCUCACACCCAGAGUUCUACCAGCACACCAGUGGUGGUGGACAGACCCGCUAAACGGGGGCCUGGCAGAGGAAGGGGCCACCCCGGUACCACUGAUUGUAAAGUGUCCCGCAAAGUACCGAGCCACCAUCCGCCAAGAGAGGAGAUGAAGAAGAAAAAAGUUGGUUUGAGGAGGGCUGACCAGAAUAAGGUGUCAGCCCUCCAAAGUCGCUCUCCGUCUCGAAAGAGCGUAGCCAAAGUGGCGGCCAGACAUCCUAGGCCCGCUGUGCUUCACGGCUCUGCUAGACGCAAGGCCACAGGUAUGGAGCACCAUCAGCCCCUCAGUGUGGCCCACCAGUCCAGGGAGAGGACCACUGAGAGAGCGUACCGCAGCCCGGAGAAGAGGUCGUCCCUCCCUCGGCCGGCCAAGUCUCUGACGCGCCACAUCCCUGCUGCUGAGCAGGACGACAACAGCACCCCCUCCAGGCCAACCUGUACAGACUCGGCCCGCUCCCGGUCGGUGCGUAGCGGCGCCUCCACCCCGGGCUCCUCCGCCGUCACACCCGGCACGCCCCCCAGCUACUCCUGCCGCACCCCGGGCUCACGCACGCCCGGCAGCCACACGCCCAAGUCCUUCAGCGUCCUCCAGGAGAAGAAGGUGGCGGUGAUCCGGACCCCGCCCAAGUCGCCGUCCUCCGCCCAGCGGCAGCUGAAGGUCCUCAAUCAGCCCCUGCCCGACCUGAAGAAUGUAAAGUCCAAGAUCGGGUCCACCUCCAACCUCAAACAUCAGCCGAAAGGCGGACAGGUUCACAUUUUAACCGAGAAGCUGGACUUCAGUCAUGUUCAGUCAAAGUGCGGCUCCAAGGAUAAUCUGAAGCACUCGCCCAAAGGAGGCAAUGUCAUGAUCCCAAGUGUUAAGCUGGACUUUAGCCACGUUCAGUCUAAAUGUGGCUCCCUGGACAAAAUCCAGCACACAGCAGGCGGGGGACACGUCCAAAUCCAGACCAAGAAGAUCGACUUGAGCCACGUCACCGCCAAAUGUGGCUCCAUGUCCAACAUCCGUCACAGACCAGGAGGCGGCCAUGUGCGCAUCGAGAAUGUGAAGCUGGACUUUAAAGAGAAGGCCCAACCCAAGAUCGGCUCCCUGGACAACACCAGCCACACUCCUGGAGGGGGGAACGUGAUGAUCGAGAGCCACAAGCUGAGCUUCCGGGAAUCGGCGAAAGCUCGGGUGGACCACGGCGCGGAAAUCGUCGUCACCCACUCCCCGGGCAUCGAGACGGGGGGCACCUCUCCUCGGCUGUCCUCCGCCGGCAGCAUCAACCUCCUGGAGUCGCCUCAGCUCUCCACGCUGGCCCAGGACGUCACCGCCGCCCUGGCCAAGCAGGGCUUAUGAGCUAGCUGCCUCGGAUACCACUCAUUAAAAAAAACAAAAAAAAGAAAAGAAAAACAAAAUCCACACUCCUCUUCCCAUCAUUCACUCAUCCAGUGUUGUCCCAAGGUCUUUCACUGCUACAUCACCCCCCAACACUCACACACACUUCACCCCACAGGUUGUAGUUGAUUGACCAUCUCGUCCGUCAACAAUCCUUCCAGCCCUUUCCGGUGGGUUUUUAAAAACUGAAUUCUUCAACAACAAAAAAAUCCUCCCUGAAAAAAAACAAAGGGGGCUGUCCGUUUUUAUUUUGGUUUUUUCAAAUAUGGACUGUUUGUUUUAGCCGAACGGUUCGAGUGAUUGUCUGAAGAAGGCAGUUUGACGAUUGUACAGUGACUUUUAUUUGUUCUGUGUGUGUGUAAUAACGGCAUCACGAGGGUUAGAACUUCGAGGCGAACUCACGCGUCCGUUCAGAAUUUACGCGGUACUGAAUGCAAGACGUAGCAGCUAGACGGUCUUACGGAUACGACGGCGUGUCGUCGACCUGCAAACGUACGGCUGAUGAGCAUGUCUGCUAAAAUGUGACAUUUCAAGUCAAACAUGAGGUUUUUUUUUCUUCUUAAUCUUAUGAUUUCCUGAUAUGUGCUGAAUCAAACUGUGUUCUCUUGUUUUCUUUUUAUAUAUAUAAAUAUAUAUAUAUAAAUAUAUAUGUCACCGUAGUGGAAGUCGUUCCGGUUUUGUACGUUUCCUGUGGCUGCUCUGGCUUAUUAGCAUUUAAAUGUGGAUAACCAUUGCAGUUCUGUCGAGUCAAGCGCUAAAAAGGCUAGCUUUCCAAUAGAUUUUCUUUUUCUUUUUUUCCCGCGAACCAAUCGGCUGCUCUGUUUCUGUUUUUAGCUCUGUGGUUUUAUUAGGUUACAACGAUGCUGUUAUGCUGGCAUGGCAAAUAAAUGAUAAAUAAAUUAGAUAUAUUUGGAGCAGUCUUUUCAGUGUGAGUGCAAACGGCCAGUGGGGGCCAAACAACAAAAAAAAAAGCCCCGCGACCUUUCACCUUUUUGCAAAGACUCGGUUGUACAAUUUAUUUGAUUGGGUUUUAAAAAAGGGCCCAAAGAUUGUUUUAAAAAAAGUGUAAAAAGUAUGAAGCUUUGUAUGAAAACAUUCCAUUUGAGAGAGCAGCUACGUGGCCCUUUUGUGUGAUCGAGCCGGAUUACGUGGCUGGUUUUUUUUUGGAUCGUUGCAGGAAACUUUAAAAUAAAAAAAAAUAAAAAAAGACGACGAUGAGAUGGGAGUAACCCAUUUAAAAAAAAAAACAAAAAAAAAACUGAUCUAGCAUAUUCUCUGCUCACCAUUGUGAAUCUCUUCUACCCUUCCUCCCCCUCUUUUCCUCCUGCCCUGAUGUCAGCUUGCCCCUCCAGUGUUUUUCUGUGCUUCCUCUCUUCCGGCCUCCCUCUUUGCCUGUGUAAGUGUAUUUAAAAGAUCCAUGUAGAUGUGUGCACACUUUCCGAUGUUUGAGACGUACUGAUGACAAAUGCUCCUACAGGAUGAUGACGACAAAAAUAAAGAAAAUAAAAACUG